GCAAACAGCAUCCACUGCCCUUUCUUGGAUUCGCCCGGCAAUGCGCGUGGGGGCGGGGCGGUGGGCCAGGAGGCGGCGGAGACCAGCGAGGCGCGAGCUGGAGACCGGGGUGGGGGGCAAGCGAGUCCUCCUCUCAGUCUCAGUCUCGACUGAAGCAGCGCGGCUUUCAGGAGCAUUGUGCUAGGCUCUGUCAGGAGCGGGGAUGGAAAGGCCGGCUGGAAGAGCAAAGAACUGCCUGAUGUAGACGCUCAGAUACCAGUCUGUGUCCUGAAAAAAAGGCUCUGUGCCUGAUUACCUGAAGUGGAGAGUUCAGGGGAGUGGAAAAUAGAACUUGCCAAUAAUUGCUGAGAAGCCAGAAAAGGAAGUACCCAUGCAUCACUUCCCUGGGAAAGACUGGGAAACAGCAGCCGGUCCAUCAUGGUGUUCAGGAGACUCUUCUUUCAUCUGUCUGCCUACAGCCUGAUUUGGGGGAUGACAGCAGUGGUGCUGUGCACAGCACAAGUGAAAGUGGUGACCCAGGAUAAAAGAGAGAGGCUGAACACUCCUGCUUCCUUAAGAUGCUCUCUGCAAACUUCUGAGGAAAUCUUGAUUGUGACCUGGCAAAAAAAGAAGGCUGGAAGCCCAGAAAACAUGGUCACCUACAGCAACUUGCAUGGGGUUGUAGUCCAGCCUCCCUAUAAAGGCAAGAUAAACAUCACUGAGGUGGGACUCCAAAACUCAACCAUCACCUUCUGGAAUACCACCCUGGAGGAUGAAGGAUGUUACAUGUGUCUCUUCAAUACCUUUGGUUCUGGGAUAAUCUCAGGAACAACCUGCCUCACCCUCUAUGUACAGCCCACAGUGUUCCUCCACUACGAGUUCUCUGAAGACCACCUAAAUAUCACUUGCUCUGCCACUGCCCGCCCAAUCCCUGUGAUCUCCUGGAAGGGCCUUGAAUCAGGGAUUGAAAAUAGUACUGAGGUUCUGUCUCACCCGAAUGGGACCACGUCUGUUACCAGCAUCCUUCAUGUCAAAGACCCUAAGACUCAGGUGGGGAAGGAGGUAGUCUGCCAGGUGCUGCAUCUAGGGACUGUGACGGAGUUCAAGCAAACUGUGAGCAAAGGCUAUUGGUUUUCAGUUCCUCUAUUGCUAAGCAUUGUUUCCCUGGUAAUUCUUCUGGUCUUAAUCUCAAUUUUAUUAUACUGGAAACAUCACCGGAAUCAGGACUGAGAGCCCUAGGUGAGUCACAUAGAAUGCUGAAAGUUAUUCCCUGGUCUACUUGAAUCUGAUGCAAGAGGAAAUCAGCAGGAAAAUGGGCCAUUCACGGAAGGACCUGAAAAAGCAAGAGAGGUGGGAGGGAAAGGCUUAAGAAUCCCACGACUUUCCACUGCCAUCUAAGCUGCUCACUGUUUGAGUUCCAGGAGGAGGUCAUCUUACCCCACAGGUCUGUUGUGGGACUUGAUUUUGUAAAGCAAUGCAGUAUUGUGCUAUUGAAAGGACACUGGACUUAGAUUCAUGAGCACUGAGCUCACAGGCUGACUUGGGCUCCUGCUGGUGGGGACGCUGUGUUGGUCACUUUACCUCAAUGAGCUUCCACGUCCUCAACUGAGUAUAAAGGAAUUGAACCAGACUCUUUGCCAUUCAGCUGUAAACACUGAUACAUUCUAGGAAAAAAAAAAAAAAGAACAAAGCAAAGGGGAAGAAGUGAAAAAGAGAGAGAAGAAAGAAUACAGAAAGGUCCAAAGAACUUUUCAAAGACUACUUUUUGCCUUUCUGUAGAUGUUUCAUCUCUUCUUCCUUUGUUCUUAGGUCUGUGAGUCUGCUUUCCUAUCAUUUACUAUCUCAUCCACUACCUGCUACUGUUUUACUAAUAGCUGGCCUUGUUAAGAACCCCUGUUUUCACUGCUAAUUUUUCAUGUGCUUCUAUGAGAUUUAAUACAACAAAGGUAGAAAUGAGUUUAUUGUGAAAUAACAUUGUUAAUCUUAACUUAUUCCUUUGACUUAUCUAUUUUUAUAGCAGGGUAAAUAUUGUUAGACAAUGGUGGAGUUUUUUUUUUAAAGCAUGCUUUCACUGUCCAUUUAUCUUAUAAUAUGACCCAACCCUAUUUUAGGUCAUUCUGAAUUCAGCCUAGUAUAAUGAAAAUAUAUUAUGAAAACAGUCGUUUAGGAGAUUUCCUGUGUAACAGCCAAAUCAUGUGCUUUGUCUCUGCUGUUUUCUUUUUUUUCCAUGAGCUAAUUUUUCACAAUAGCAGAGGAGAUAAAUAUAAGCAUACAGUCCCUUUGUUCUAAGGAUAUUGUCCAACUAGUGGAACAAUAUUGCAUCUUAAAUAACCAUGAGAAAAAAUGAGUUGCUUUUUCCAUAUCUUUUGCUUCGUUUGUCUCUGCCCAGUGACCUAGGAAUUAAAACAUAAGCUGUUUUCACUGUUGGAUUGAAAAUAUUUAUAUAUUUAGUAAAGAUUCAUGUGUUAUUUAAUUCUUUAUUAUUUCUUAUAUUUGUAGUAAAAUUCUGAACAUUAAAAGUGUUAAAUCUCCAUGUUUGGCUUAUGAUACUCUCUUAGGAAAGUGAAAAUGAAUGAAAAUCCUUGUAUUUCACUACUGUGUGUGAAACCUCUCUUCCUCUCUGUCUCCCACCCCCUAAAAGAUUCAGUGGCUGUUUCCAGCUAAUCACAAAAUCACAAAUCACAUGUGCCUGGUCUAACCAGCAGGAGUGCCUUCAAGUUGGCACCUACAUUCUUUCAACAUGACCCCAUUAGCUUAGAGCAUUCCUUACAUGUAUUCUUUUGGUUUUGCUAUUAGAUACCAACCUUUGUAAAUUGAUUAGAUCACAACAGUUUUGAAUUUAGCAUAAAUCAUUGCCCUGAAUUUUUCUGUAUUUCUGGUAUCUCAGCUGAAUUGUGCUAGAUUAGAUAGAAUAACUUAAUGCUGUGGUUCUCAAACAUCUUGGUCACAGGACCCCUAUCUGCAUUUAAAAACAUUAUUGAGGGCCCUGAAGUGUGUUUUUGUGAUAUGAAUUAUGUCUUUUGAUAGUUACUAUAUUUGAAAUUAAAACUUACAAAUAUUAAAAAUGAAAAUAUAUGAGCAUACAUCCUAUUAGCUGUGAGAGUGAUGCCAACCUCUUAUAUCAUAUAGCUUCUGGAAAACUCCACAGCACACUUGUGAGAGAAUGAGAAUGAAAAAGGCAACUAAUGCAUUGGUAUCAUUAUGACAUUAAAUUUUUUUGAUUAUGUGGACCCCCCCGAAAUGAUCUCAGGGACGAUACUAAACGACCACUGUUUUCAAGUCUAGGCAAAGAAGGAAACCACCUUAUGAGAAGAUUUCAGGAGUCUUUUUCAGAGAAACUCCUUACUAAACAGUGGUCUCCACGGUACCUGAGCAUUUCCAUGUAUAACCAAAACUUUAAAUCGGGCCACUGCCUUUCUGGGAGCUCCUGCUCAAUGUACAGAGACCUAAUUAAUCCUCAUCCAUCACUAAUAAUUCAGUUUAAUCAUCUUAUUAAAUGGCUUGUCAGCUAUGUUUCAGGAUACUGAGAAGCUUGGAUUAGGAUAGUCAUGUUUGAUGGGGAGGAUUUGGGAGGCUUACUGAGAAAUAGAGAAGGAAGGGGUGGCUGGAAGCAUGCCCCCACAUUCUGGCUUUCUGCCCUGUGUGACUUGUGCUCCUCCUACCUCCCAGGAGGGGCUGAUGAACUUAUCUUAAACUCUCAAUUAAGGGUGCUUUUUUGUAUUUGUGAAUUAGAAAGAGGUAGCAUGGGCUUUGCAUAAUUCAGUACAAUUGGGAAAGUUGUAAACUUUUUAGGCACUUAGAAUAAUUCAUUCACAUAGUUUUCUUCUUAGUAAAAAUUUAGAAAAAUUCCAGGGUGGUGGCAAACCAGCUCAAAGACAGGGGAAAACAAAAGAACUCCUUUGUGCUUGACUAAAAUUGAAACUGAAAAUGAGGAUUUUUUUUUUUUUUGGUAGAUAUUUGUCAAUCACUGACUACACAACAAUUUACAAAUCUAGGUUCAAAAAGUAUGAAAUACAUAUUACUACUAGGAAUCAUAAGGCUUUGGUUGAAACAAUUUUCUGAGCCAACUGUUUUCUAUGGUUAUUCCUAGCUUAUCAAGAAAGGGUAUUCUAAAAUAAAGUUGCCUAAAUUAUUUUCUCACAACUAUAAUGUUUCUAUUUUUUGUAUUUGUUCUCAAAAUAUUCCAGAUUUGUUCUGAAUCCCACACCCUCAGUUUCUCAAGCUCAUUCACUAACACAAGGUCAUGUAGAGCUGUAAUCCAAGCUGAGGAAACCAGCAUUUGCAGACAUCACAAGCAUUUGAGCCUUGUCAGGUCAGGAAGGUAUUACAUUCCAUUUUUGUAGGUGUGAAAAAUGAGGGUCCAAGCUUUUCAGAGAGUUUCCUUGAGUAGCAUUUUAAAUGUGCGUUGGCGCGAGGUGUGGUGGCUCACGCUUGUAAUCCUAGCACUCUGGGAGGCCGAGGGGUGUGGAUUGCUUGAGCUCAUGAGUUCAAGACCAGCCUGAGCCAGAGUGAGACCUCAUUUCUAAAAAUAGGCAGGCAUUGUGGUGGGCACCUGUAGUCCCAGCUUCUUGGGAGACUGAGGCAAGAGAAUUGCUUGAGUCCAAGAGUUGGAGGUUGCUGUGAGCUAUGAUGCCAAGACACUCUACCAAGGGCAACAAAGUGAGAUUCUGUCUCAAAAAAAAAAUAAUAAUAAAUGCAUAGUGGCUGGAACUCCAACUUAGAAUUCCAGGUUUCCUGUUUAGUUAACUCUCUUUCCUCCCCACCCAUGUGGUGAUUCAUCCCACAUCCUAUUUUUCAACAUAUCCUAUUUGCUCCAUCAGUAUAUGUAGAAUCAAGCCUCUAUCUCCAAUCCUACCACCUGGCCCAAACCAUCAUUCAGCUGUCCAGUGUUCUUUCUUCUCUACUGCACAUUGGAAGAAGAGUUAUCUUGGGGCCACACAUGAAAUAAAACACUACAAACACUAACAAAAGCUGAAGGGAAAAAAAAAGAUCUAUGCAUGAUUUUCACAAUAUCUGAAACCACAGGUAAGCAAAACAAUCUUCAUAUAAUUCACUUGCAGCCUGUGAACUGCAGGUUGGAUGCCCCUAUUUGGGCAGUGCCAUCAAAUCUUCCUGCUUCUGCUUUCUCCCCUUUUCAGUCUAUUUUAGUAAAUAUAACUAUUCUAAAAUAUAUCUAGCCAUAUCAUGUCAUUCUUCUGCAAAAACUAAGUGCUUUCUGUCUCCCAUAUAAUAGAAGCCAAAAGUCUUUACAUGAGCUAUCAGACGCUACACAGUGAGGCUCCCUGAUACUCUCUGAAACCAUCUCCUACUACUUUCCUGGGCACUAGCCUUCCUGCCACCUUACCAAUAUUCUAAGUGUGUCUCUACCUGGGGGCCUUGGCACUUAAUUCUUCUCUCUGCUGGAAUGUUCUUCCUGUAGAUAGCUGCAUGAACCUUAUAACCUUUCCCCUGAAAAACACCCUCAUCUCCCUUCCUUGCUUCAUUUUUCUCCAUUGCUCUCAUCACCAUCUAGGAUGUUAUAUGGUUUACUUGUGUAUUUUGUUUAUGAUCUGUCUUCUUUGUAAGCAUCAUGAAGGCAGAAAUUUUUAUCAGUCAGAUAAUUUUUUUGAAUGAAUUGUUUUUCUGCUAAUACCUUGUGGCAGGAAGAAGUAGUUUAAACUACACUACAUUGGUGCUUCCUUCCUGCCUUCUAGAAGAGUGAUUGAACUAGAUAGUAGGAAAUAGACUCUUAGAAAUUGGUAGUUGUGAGGCAUAGGAACCAGCAUAAAGGAUUUGAAACCAAAAUAACAGGGUUUAUAGCCCAUCCUUGGCAUUCAGCAUGUAUUAUCAUGCCCAGUCACUUCAUCUCUUUGGAUUUGCAUUUCCUUGGGUAUAAUUUGGUGUGUGCACCAGUUCUCUUCCCUGGGUUGCUCCAAGGUUCAGGUGAGAAGGGUGGUGUUCUCCAACGUGCCAGCUUAUAUGCUGAGGGCUGUCUGCUCCAUGAUCUCAAGACUCUCACUGAAACAGCAUGGUCCUCCCCUCUCCAGUGGCCUUUCCAGCACCUCCUUACCCACCUCCUUAUCCAUCAGCUGGUCCUUUGGUCAGAGCAGACAUAGAGUUGAAGAGGAAGUGGGAGCAUCAGCUGAACAGAGACAAAAGCCCCUGGAUUUGCUUUAAGGGAAGCAGAGACCUUAAUGCACCACCAGAAUGACUUGGCCCUUUGUCUUUGUCCUUCUGCUGAGCACAAAGGAAUAAAAGACAAAGGAGUUAAAGUUCUUUCUAUUUAGCACCGGCUUUCUGAGGACAGUGUUGCACUCUUACUCUAGAGUAUUACCAGCUAUGACCUCAGAGAUGGCAGACAGCCCUUUGGAAUACAUAAAGAGGAUGCUGAAAUUGACUUUCCUGAACUCUUCUCCUUAGAGUUUUGUUGGUUUACAAGAACUGAUAAUACAUCAUUAUAGGAGGACUUUGCCAGAGCUUAAGAAGUUCCAGAGAACUCAAGAGAUAUUUUGUACAUUUUAACCUGACUCACUGACUCAGAACACUCAACUCAGAAGGUUGGAACUCUUUUUCUAGAAGUGUUUUUAUUUUCCAGUCCAACUGCAGAAAGGCAAUGAAGCACAGCUGCUUGGGGGCACAUUUCAAAUACCACAUGAUUCUGGAUCUGGUGGUGGUGUUUAGCUGUAUCUAGUAAUUUCUUUAACUAGUAUGCAUGUUGGUUUUUCUUAUAAAUCAAAGACAGUCUUAUAAACACAGUCAGCUUUCUGUAUCUGUGGGUUAUACAUCCAUGGAUUCAACCAACAAUGGAUCAAAAAAUAUUCAAUAAAGAAUAAUACAGCAAAUAUGACACAAACUAGAAAAACAAUAUAGUACAUAGCAACUAUUUACAUAAUGUUUACAUUAUGCAUUAUAUAGGUUUGUAAGUGCCUAGAGAUGAGUAGAUAGGAGGAUGGGCAUAGGUUAUAUGCAAAUACUACACCAUUUUAUAUAAGGGACUUCAUAGGAAGUCGUGGAUCAACUCCCCCAUGGAUAGCGAGGAACUGACUGUAUCUCAUCUAAAAAUAAGGCAGGUGAUGGCUUUAAUUAAAUGCUCUUAAAUUAAAUUAAAAUAAAUAUUUUGAGUAAUAGGCCAGAUAACUCUUAGGCAAGAAACCUCAGGAAGCACUGAAAUUUCAGUAACCAUUUGUAAAACAAUGAGCAGUCUGUGGGAAGCACAUUGAUUCUCUUCUGAACCUCCAGGGGUGGGUGGGACAGGUCCCCAAGUGUUUAUGAAACACUGCCUAAAAAUAUCUUAGAUCUUACUUCCCCUUUCUACUUGUCCCAGUGGGUUUCUGAGAGGCUACAUGAGUACUGAGACUGCUCAAAUAUUGUUGGAACCACUCAGGGGAAGGAGAUGUUAUUCUCUGUUUCAUUGUAGAGCUAACUUUAAUUUACAGAUCUCUUAGAAAGAGAGAAUGUAUGCCCUGAGAGAACUCCAGGCCUAAUAAAAUGAUAUUGUAUGUUAUUUAACCAGAUCCUAUCACCCUAGUGUCCUCAGAAGUCACCACUUGUAUAAACAAAAGUCAGCAACAGUUUGAGACCCAGCGGCUCAGGAGUCCACUGGCAUAAAAGGCCCUGGGUAAACGGAAACUUCUGAUAUGCACCAAAUAGCAUCCCAGGAGUCUGUGGGAGAAGCUGAAUAAGAAUCAUAGAAAGUCAGCAGUAGAAGAGAUCUCAGAAAUGAGGAAAUUGAGGUCUACCAAAGUGAAGGAGUUCACUGAGUUCACACAAGCCUCACUCCUUUGCUGGGAUAGAGCUUAACAGCACCAACUCUCCGUGUUGUUACAAAGACUGUCAUGCAGCCUGAUGGUGUCUGCUUCAGGGCCCAGGCUCAGCUGAGAAAACCAUUGCCUAAGUUUAUAUGAAUUUUCAGGACUUCAGAGUUUACUGGAUCCCAAAACUUUCCUGGAUAGCUUCCCUGUGUGACGUUCAAUCUUGUUCCUAUCACUGUUUUUUGAUGCGCCUCCAGCUUCAUUGGCAGUGAAAAGGUACACAUCCGGUUUGAUGGAUAAUAUGUACAAUUCUGACCUUACACUGCGUUCUGGGAAAUACCUUUUCUGCUACAUAGAUUUUCUUUGGCUAGAAUCCUCUUCAUUGUUUUCAUCAAGGAUUUUUUUUUUUUUUUUUUUUGAGACAGUCUCAUUAUGUCGCCCUCGGUAGAGUGCUGUGGCGUCACAGCUCAUAGCAACCUCAAACUCCUGGGCUUAAGCAACUCUCUUGCCUCAGCCUCCCAAGUAGCUGGGACUACAAGCACCUGCCACAACACCCAGCUAUUUUUUUGUUGCAGUUCUCAUUGUUGUUUAGCUGGCCCGGGCCGGAAUCAAACCCACCACCCUCAGUGUAUGUGGCUGGCACCGUAACCACUGGGCUACUGGUACUGAGCCCAAGGAUGUUUUUUUUUAACACCACGUACCUUAGUGAGAGAACCCAUGAGCAAGUGUGAGAGUGCAUUUUUGCCUGGAAAGGGGACAGUUUCCAGAUAAGUAAAGCUAAAAACCAAAAAAACCCCCACAAAAUCUCAAGAAUCACUCAUGAAGCAAGACUUGACUUGUCAAGCCAGACUUGAAUAAAUUUCCAUUCAUUGUCAUCAAGAUUCAAAAGCUAAACAAAUAUUCAAAAGAACACACUACAUUUCAACAGUGGUUAAAAAGAAGAAAAAGAAACCCAGUGAUUUCAUGUUUGGGGUUCAUGUUUGGUUUUAUCUAUUGAACAAAGAAAAGAGAUGGAAUGGAGGUGUCGAUGUUAUGUGUAUUAGAUGAAGUUUGUGAUAAUUAAAUUUUACACUAAAUAAAUAUAUAAUAAUUUUAUGACUGUAAAUUUCAUUUACUAUUUGUGAAUAAAUUCCAU